CCUGUCUCGCGAGAAUCUGCGAGGUGUUAAGUUGGAGAAACAUGGCGACGCCUAAUUUGUUAAAGAACAAGGGGUCCCUGCAGUUUGAGGACAAGUGGGACCUGAUGCGGCCCAUCGUUCUCAAGCUGCUAAGGCAAGAGGCCGUCACCAAGCAACAGUGGUUCGACUUAUUCUCUGACGUCCAUGCUGUCUGUUUAUGGGACGAUAAAGGUCCUGCUAAAAUCCACCAAGCCCUCAAGGAAGACAUCCUCGACUUCAUCAAACAAGCACAAACCCGCGUGCUGAGCCACCAAGACGACACGGCGCUGCUGAAGGCGUACAUCGUGGAGUGGAGGAAGUUCUUCACCCAGUGCGACAUCCUGCCCAAACCUUUCUGUCAGCUGGAGAUCACGCUGAUGGGGAAGCAGGGUAGCAACAAGAAGACAAACAUGGAGGACAGCAUCGUACGCAAGCUGAUGCUGGACACGUGGAACGAGUCAAUAUUUUCCAACAUUAAGAGCCGCCUGCAGGACAGCGCGAUGAAGCUGGUGCACGCAGAGAGGCUGGGCGAGGCCUUCGACUCGCAGCUCGUUAUCGGCGUCCGGGAAUCAUACGUCAACCUGUGCUCCAACCCGGAGGACAAACUGCAGAUCUACAGGGAUAACUUUGAGAAAGCCUACCUGGACUCCACUGAGAGGUUCUACAGAACACAGGCACCAUCCUACCUGCAACAAAACGGUGUCCAAAACUACAUGAAAUAUGCUGAUGCAAAACUCAGAGAGGAGGAGAAGAGAGCGCUUCGAUAUCUAGAGACACGACGUGAAUGUAAUUCUGUUCAGGCACUAAUGGAGUGUUGCGUUAACGCUUUGGUGACUUCGUUCAAGGAGACCAUCCUAGCCGAAUGUCCAGGAAUGAUUAAACGCAACGAGACGGAGAAGCUGCACCUCAUGUUUUCACUAAUGGACAAGGUUCCCAGUGGGAUCGAGCCCAUGCUGAAGGACCUCGAAGAGCACAUCAUUAAUGCUGGACUGGCGGACAUGGUGGCUGCCGCUGAGACCAUCACUACGGAUUCUGAGAAGUAUGUGGAGCAGCUGCUGACGUUGUUUAAUCGCUUCAGUAAACUGGUGAAGGAGGCUUUCCAGGACGACCCGCGCUUCCUCACAGCAAGAGACAAGGCUUACAAAGCCGUCGUCAACGAUGCAACAAUCUUCAAGCUGGAGCUCCCUAUGAAGCAGAAGGGAGUGGGAAUGAAAACUCAGCCCGAGUCCAAAUGUCCCGAGCUGCUGGCGAACUACUGUGACAUGUUGCUGAGGAAAACGCCCCUAAGCAAGAAACUUACCUCUGAAGAAAUCGAGCUGAAGCUCAAAGAAGUGCUCUUGGUGUUGAAGUACGUCCAGAACAAAGACGUCUUCAUGCGGUACCACAAAGCUCACCUGACGAGGCGCCUUAUUCUGGACAUUUCAGCCGACAGCGAGAUUGAGGAGAACAUGGUGGAGUGGCUGAGGGAAGUAGGAAUGCCUGCUGACUAUGUGAACAAGCUGGCCAGGAUGUUUCAGGACAUCAAGGUCUCAGAGGAUCUCAAUCAGGUCUUCAAGGAGAUGCACAAACACAACAAGCUGGCUCUGCCAGCGGACAGCGUGAACAUUAAAAUCCUGAACGCCGGGGCGUGGUCACGGAGCAGCGAGAAGGUUUUCGUCUCGCUGCCGACGGAGCUGGAGGACCUGAUACCCGAGGUCGAGGACUUCUACAAGAGGAACCACAGCGGUCGGAAACUCCACUGGCAUCACCUCAUGUCCAACGGCAUCAUCACGUUUAAGAACGAGGUGGGCCAGUACGACCUUGAGGUCACGACCUUCCAGCUCGCCGUGCUGUUUGCCUGGAAUCAGAGGCCGAGAGAGAAAAUCAGCUUUGAGAACCUCAAACUGGCUACAGAGCUUCCUGACGCCGAGCUGCGCCGAACGCUUUGGUCUCUGGUUGCGUUUCCUAAACUGAAGAAGCAAGUCCUGUCGUAUGACCCGUCUGUUAGCUCGCCCAAAGACUUCACGGAUGCAACGCUCUUCUACGUCAACCAGGAGUUCUCGCUCAUCAAAAACUCCAAAGUUCAGAAGAGAGGGAAGAUCAAUUUGAUUGGUCGGCUGCAGCUCACGACGGAGCGAAUGAGAGAGGAGGAGAACGAAGGAAUCGUUCAGCUCAGAAUACUCAGAACUCAGGAGGCUAUCAUCCAAAUUAUGAAGAUGAGGAAGCGCAUCAGCAACGCUCAGCUGCAAACGGAGCUGGUGGAAAUCCUGAAAAAUAUGUUUCUGCCUCAGAAGAAGAUGAUAAAGGAGCAGAUCGAGUGGCUCAUCGAACACAAGUAUAUAAAGAGGGACGAAUCGGACAUCAACACCUUCAUCUACAUGGCCUAGGCACCAGCAGCGAGUGCUGGUGCCAUUUUUCUUUUACCGCUGGGGCCGCCACCGGCGCUUUGUGAUCCCGAAGAGGAGCAGGCCUGACGAAGGUCGAUGGAGGGACGAGGUUGAGCCUUUUCAACAAAAGUGUGGAUGUUUUCUUUCUGUUUGUGUGACGCCGGUGUGUCAUUUAAAGAUGUAGCGUUGAGUCGUUGUUUGUCUUCGCUGCCCUCUAGUGUCCGAUCCGGGGAAACGCACGGCACGGCGGGCCUUUUUGCCAGCAGCUCAGCUCAGAAGAAAAACAAAAACAGUUACACACUAAAAAUUAAAUACUUCCUGCCUUACUUUCCUCAGCAGAGAGCUGCAGAAGAGACGGAGGGUGACGUGUGCAGCAAGGGGAGGACAGUUUUCCCGCUUUCUCUUGAGGCCUCGGCUGCCGUCUUUGCGGCGCCCAUCUUGCAUCCCUCCUAUUCGCUACCGCUCUUGUUGAAACUCAAAAGAAUUGCGAGUGAAAGUGGAGACUGCGAAAGGACUAGUUCAGAGUACCGAGUAGUAUUUUUGCCAAAUUGUGUGUGUGUGUGUGUGUGUGUUGGUGUCGCGUGGGUGUUGCGUGUGUUUGGGUGCAUGACGUGUACGUGUUCUUUUAUGUGUGUGUAUCUCUAUGUGCACUUUCAACAGCAUGCUGCUCUAUGAUUAUUAUUAUUAUUAUUUUGUUUUUUCCAUCAACGGAAAAACGAUCACACUUUGUGACGGAGGUGAUUGAGAACCGAGGAUCUGCCACCGUUACAGAGCCGAUUUUUGAUUUUCUUACUCUUCCAUGUGAUUGCCGUUAAAAAGUUUAUAUUUUUAGUCCAUUGCUGAACCGUUAUCACACUGCAAGCUAUUUAUUUGGUGUCGAUCUCGACAUUAUGAAAUUAAAUUCCAAGUCGGACAAAGUGAAAUUAAUGACCAGGCUACUUUUUUUGUCAAAAUAAUCCGAUCAACAGAAAAAAGAGAUCAUUUCUAUCGCUUCUGGUUAAUAACUAAGCCUGAUGGUGUUUGGAGACACACUGCAAAAACACUAAAUAUUACCAAGUUUUUUUUUUGUCUAGUUUCCAGUGCAUACAUCAUAUUAUACUUAAAAUAGGACAAAAUUAAUAUACAAGCAACUUUUCUGCAAUGUAUAUGAGCUUGUUUUUAAUAAUUCCUCAAUGCUGAUGAAAAAGUAUUAAUUCAACUGGCAGAUUGUUGGACUUAUUAAAUUUUUCCCUGUUAUAAGUAAAGAAAAUUGCAUGUGGAACUAAGUUGUACUUUUUAAAAUCAAUAUUCAAGAUUUACAGAGUUAAAACAAGCUCCUAUAUCUAAUUGAAAAGUUAUUUGUAAGAUAAUUUUGUCUUAUUUCAAGUUCUUAACAAAAUUACUCAAAGAUUUUGUGUUUUUGCAAGUGGGAAAAGAAAGUACGCCCUCUCUCAGCUCUAGAGUUUCCCAUAUUGGGGCAUAUUCUGUCUCUAUCAAGCUCUAGAAUCACCUGAAUCUGAUAUUAAGUUUGCAAAAGCAGACAAAAUAUUUAAAAAAGAACAUUAGCAAGUACCACUUCCACACAAAGCAGCAGAUCCAUACAUUAAUGCGACAACUUCUAUACAAAUGCAUCAUCCUAAAUUGAUUUAUUUCAUUUAUUCAUUUGAAAAAGUUAAACUUGUGUACAAUAAAGAUUCAUCACACAGUUAUUUAUUUAUUUCAAGUGUUUCUGUUGAUGUUUAUUGUUCACAACUGACAACAUACCAACAACGUUAAAAUUAAUACAACUUGAAAAAAUUAUUAAUUAAUACACUUUUAUAAAACUUAUUUUAUAAAAGUGCAGUAUUUCUUGUAGGAUAUCUCAAGAAGAGUCAAAUAUUUUUACUUUUUUUUUUCUUUCCAUUUUUAAUGAUUAUGGCUUACAGGUAAGAAAACGCUAAAUUCAGUGUCUCAUAAACUUGUAUCACAAGAUCCUGUUUUAAGCAUAUAUGUCAGUAUUCACAUCUUUGCACUCAGUGAUUUGUUCUGUUGAGGUGUAAUGGAAACCCAGAUUUAUUUUCUUGGGUCUGGAGUCUCUCUUCUUUCUCGCCCUAGAAAUUUCCUAUGGUGUUAAAGGUCAGGGAAGCAUGAAGAGCUCCAGAGUUUUCUGGUUAACUGUGGACUUCAGAAAACUCAGUGGACCAGAACCAGCAGAUGACAUCCUGACCCAAAUCAUCACCAGCUGCUUUUCCAUUGCAAAUGGUUGCAAAGCUUUAUAUAUAUUCUGCUGAUGUUGGGGGUGGGGGGAAAAAAACACAAUUUUUCAAUUUUGUUGUUUCUAUUAAAUAAGAAAUGCAAUUAAAAUCACAUUGGGAUACGUUACCUAAUGCGAUAAAUCAUUAAACAUCACACUGCGUCAUCAUUCUCCAACCACUUCCUGUUCGUCGUCUUCGUCAUUUCCACCAGUAGUAACAUGGUGGUUGAUCAUACGACUCAGAAAAGGUGUUUGCAUUGCAGUUUUGCAAAAUACACUAAUUGUGAUGCAACCAAAACGGCCAUCUCAUCAUAGUGCCGGAAGUUUCUGUUAAAAACACCAUUUCUUUAUAAAUUGCCUCGUUUCCUUUAGGCAAAUUCAAUUUUGCGAUUCCAAUUUGCACAAUUUUAUGGCCAGUGGAAACGCAGCUAGAAAGCAUCUUUUUCCUCUGCUCCACUAAGAAUAUCUGAUGUUUGUGGUUGAGAAUUGGUUUGAAACAGGGAAUCCAACUAUUAUGGUCAUACUUUUUGGUUUUGCACCUGUUUUUUUAACCUUCCACUCAACUUUUCAUUGCGCUCUGAACAGCCGACCCUUUUUUGGCUCUGCUUGUGGAAAGUUUCAAUGUCUGCGGGACGACUGUUAAGUCAGAUGAAAUCAUUUCCGUUUUCAGCUCUGUUUUUACUGGUUUUAUUUAAUAUUUUCAUUUUCCGAGAAUUCUUUUCAUCUACAAUCCAUAAUCAGAAAAAUAUCACUGUGUGUGAUGAGUCUGUACAAUAUAAAAGUUUUAUUUUUUUCAAUUUGAAUAACCGAAAUAAAUUCACUUUUGAAGGACAUUAAAGUUAACCAACAUGCACCUGCAGAAGUCAAUCCCCGGUUCGACCUGGACUCCCACCUGUCCAUAGAAAUGCUGUUUUAAUGAGAUUUAAUGUGAUAAAAAUCAGGAGGGCUCUUCGUUUCCUUACAUGGAUCUAUUCUGUGCUAAUGUUGCUUUCAUAUAAAGUCCUUUUAAAUCAUC